CCAGAAACCAGGAAGUUACUUCUGGUUUACGGACACAUGAGUUGGUUGAAACAUUUCAAAUGAAUCGUCUCGUUUAGUCGUAGCUACUUGUCUUCAUACAAACAGCUAUUCAAAAUGAACAUAUCAGAAAAUGGAGCAGUAGGCAAUGCCAUUACAGUGCACGAUUUCUCAGAGAAGAUUCUGGAGCAAACGGUUCACUUUCACGUCAUGAAACUCAAUGGGGGGUUUUUCCUUUGGGUCGGCUCGAACCCGGUUUUGUCCAAUUUGGCUGUUUCAAUGGAAAGUAAAUUUGAUUCGAUGCCGCUGUCUACGUUAGUCCUGGGGGACCCAUCUGAAACAACCCAGAAUUCACUGGCGCAGAGAUUGACUAAGAGGACUAAGAAACAGGUGUUUGUGAGCUACAACCUGCCCAUGACCGACUCCAACCUGUCUCUGCUGGUGGAGAAUAGGAUAAAGAAGGAGAUGGAAGUUCGCCCUGAUCAAUUUUAACCUUUUCCCCCAUUUAUACUGACUUUGUACCGAAAUAAUACAAUGGAGAGAACAACAUUA